CAGUGCGAUUCCUCGUCGCAGUGCGAUACGGUCGAUAGAAGCAAGCCACGUAGUGUAGCCACGGUGGUUGCAUUGAAUUGCGGUAGCGAAUGCGACGCUGUCGCAUUGGCAUACUGUCGAGGAUCAUCCCUGGGCACCAUCGAUCACUUUACGCGCUUCUCCCUUCUCGACAUUGGCACGAGCCCAUUCAUUCCGCUCGUGGAUGCUGGAAAGAAAUCGCGGCCGUGUGAAUAAAAGUUAUAGUUAUAAGCUCAGUGUAUAUCUGUUUUGGUGGAGUGUUUAUUGAUAUUAUAAAAUUUACUGUAUAUUGAUGCAAAGAAUAUAAUUUUUGCACGAAUAAUUAUCUAUAUUCGGAGUUACACACACACACACACACACACAUAUAGUUUACAUGCAAUUAUAUCAUCUGUUUUACACGGAGAAACAUGUUUCAUAAAAACUAUUGACUGUUGAAGUUUUUAUGAAGACUUUUAAUAGUUUUGCUAUUGUAAAAAUAUACAGUUUUGUUUUUUUCCUUUGGACCUUGUUUAUCGUCGACCUCGAAGACGUAAUAACGGUAUGGAAAUUUUACGCAUUUAUACGAGUUUAUAAGGCUCAUUACUAACUCAGAAAACAAAGGCUUUGCAAUAUGUAAAGAAUUCUUAACGAGGUUGCAGAUAAUUAUUGAAAAAAAAUCGGAAACGACCGAUUCACUACAAUCACGUGAACUCUUUUACAUUUGCAAUUGACGUUUGUUAUGUUACGUCUAAAAAAAUUUGCAUAGAUAAUUUCAGAAUUUCUGACGUAGAAAUACGUCGUAAUACAAUUGUGAUACAAUUGGAACAGGAAAGUGGUAAAAGAGACAUCGAAAAAACUUGUGAAGGAAGGUGUACAAACAAACAGGCUUGAAUGAACGUCAGCUAAUAAUAAAGACUCAUGCAAACAGAAGCGAUAUCGUCAUCAUUGCCGUGACAUUGGACGUUGCUGUGAAAACUGUUUAGGUACCAAACCAUUGAUACUAGUACUAUGAAUACUUCAUAAAUACUGAAUUCACGUCACGACUUUCGUGACACAAGGAAACGAUAACCUUGGAAAAAAAUACGUUUCCUUCUUAAUCUUGAUUCUAGAUUGUUGAAUGACAAAUUCAUUGUAAUUUGCGUGAAACAGUUGUUCAUUUGUCAAGCAUUUCUAUCGAUUUGGAAUAAUGCCGGCUACGUCAAAAGUUUUGAGUUUUUUUAUUAAAUGUCGCGAAGAUAUAUACUUUUGAAUCAACUUGAUGAAAUUGCCUGGACUAGAGUGCAAUUUAAGAUGUGGAUGUAGGUACAUCUGCAAGUAUCGAUCGACCUGCAUCUUGAAGAGGAUGCUCCCUUUAAUCUUAUAGGAGCAGAAUUUUCAUCAUAGUCACGUGUCGCGUGAGACGCAGCGAGAAGAGAAACGAGAAGAGACAGUGGGUGGAGAGGAAGAGAGAUUCCCCGACAAGCGACGCUACGACGUCGUCAUGGAAAAUCGAUUCACUGCCGACCACCACCCCGCUACAACCACCCGUCGCAGUGCAAUGACCUCCAAACCGGGAAGAUCUUAUAGCGUGAGAUCUCCACGAAUCGGAGGUCCUCUUUCGCAAUCGCUGGCUAUGAUUCCUCCGACCAUGCACGGACAUGAAUUUAAUCAACCCUUGUCGAGGGUGGUCAUGGUCCGUAAAACGGAUCAAAGGACAUUUAGCAAAGGAAGACGGGGUGGCGAACCUCUUCUGGAAACUGUUACCAGGGAAACCGUUGAGCUUUUUAAUGGUGGCCGAGCCGAAAGGAAAUAUACAUCCGAAACAAGGGACAUCGUUACACCGAAGUCUAGCAGUAUGCCAUCGCUCAACGUACGUGGAACGAAAAAGAAGGUGGUCGGUUUUGUCGAUCAAGUGUCGCCCGACAGGUCGAGGACAGACUCGGUAAGAUCGAAAUCUCCAUUGACGGCAUCACCGGCAUCACCGGGUCCAUUGUCAAAUUCUUUGCAUGGUAGUUUCCAUGGUAGUCUAGGAAGUGAUGGUAUGUCUUGUAGCAGUGCUAGGUCAUCUUCGGCAUCUCCUGAUUCGGCAAGAUAUUCAUCCUCACAGAUAACAAAGAUUGACACACGUAAACCAUCUGUGCGCAGAUCGGGGCCUCCAAAGGAAUUCAUUAAUGUUUGCCUCGACACGCACAAUUUCUACCGAUCGCGGCAUGGAGCUCCGCCGUUACGACUCAGCAAGCAGCUGUGCAAGACGAGUCAAGAUUGGGCUAAUAUAUUGGCGGCUAGAGGUAGAUUAGAACACAGAGCGAAUAUUGAUUAUGGAGAGAAUCUCUAUUGUAUGUGGAGCUCCAAUCCAAAGACUAUUGUUGGUGGUGAAGAACCGGUUAAUGAAUGGUAUGCUGAAGAAGCUCAGCAUCAAUAUGGAAAAGAGCCUACAACAUUGAAAACUGGUCACUUCACACAAGUGAUUUGGAGAGACAGUACUGAAUUAGGGGUGGGAAUGGCUAGAAAUCGAAACGGCGAGGUCUAUGUUGUAUGUAAUUACAAUCCUGCUGGGAACUUUCUAGGCAGUUUUACAGAAAAUGUUCUUCCAUCUGUGGAUACUGCUCCUGCAAAACGGAUUAAUUUUACCGAUCUAAAACAACAGUAUACGAUAAAUGAGCAAACGUGGCAGCAAGAAGCAUUAUUAGUUCAUAAUGAGUACAGAAGAAAACAUCGCGUGCCGGAUCUGAGAUUGUGUCCAGAAUUAACGGCUGCUGCGAAGGCCUGGGCGAACACGUUGCUAAACACAAAUAAACUGAUAUCUCAAUCCUCGUCUCCGUAUGGCGAAAAUAUUUAUUCGAUGCAGUGCUCUGAUCCUAAACUGAUCGUCUCUGCACGUGAAGUCAUUUCAAAAUGGUAUUCCGAGAAAAAAGAGCACAAAUUUGGCAUUGAGCCGAAAGUUCUCAACACAUGUCACUUUACACAAAUUGUUUGGAAAAAUACUACUGAAAUGGGUAUUGCAAUGGCCAAACGGGAUGGUACAUGUGUCAUAGUGGCAUGUUACUAUCCGAGAGGUAACAUAGUAGGACAGUUUACCGAAAACGUACUAAAACCUUUGAAAAAUGCUUGUUAGCCGACUAGCUAGAAUUACUUCUGUCGAUAAUGUAUUUAAACACUAUUAUAUUUAUAUGUAUUGUGCAAAUGAAUGAUGUUAUGCGUAAUAUAUGUAAUGUAUAUACGACACACUUGUGCGUACACGUAGAAUAAACAUUCCACGUACACAUAUUUAUAA